AUCAGCCGAGCAUGCUAGAUGUCCAAGGACAAAACGCGGCCUACAUCGUGCGGAACCACGACCCUGCCCACACAGGCCCGCAGGUCGCAGACACCAACAUGCAUUACUCCUCCGCACGUGCCAGCCCUAAAUCUCACACCUCCAUCUUCUCGCCGUACGCCGUCGGGGCAGUGAUCAGCGCAGGUCUGGCUGUGCUACUCAUCAUCGGCUUUGUCCUCAUGUCCAUGCGGAUGAAGAAACGAGAGAAGCGUAUGCGGGAGAAGAUGGCCCGCGCCCACGACGAGAACUUGGAUGACCAAGAGGUAGAGUUGCUGGAUGAGAGCACGCAGCCCAACACCGAAUACCUGCCCACGGAGUACUCACGUCUCAAGAUGAGCUGGGAGAUUCCCCGCAAAGAUGUCCGUCUUCUGGAGCAGGUGGGGCAAGGGGCAUUUGUCGAGGUCUGGAAAGGUCGCAUGCGAAGGUCGCCCGGCUCCACAGAGGUCAUGAGGGUCAUCAUUAAGAAACUGCAAGGCGAGGCAUCAGAGAAAGAGCGUCAUUUCUUCACGGCGGAGCUGGAGGUUCUCAAGAUGUUGCCGGCACACGCCAAUGUUAUCAGGCUUGUGGGCUCUUACACCACACACGAGCCGUGGCUGAUGAUGAUGGAGCAGGCGAGUGAGGGUACCCUCCAGCAGUUUCUGCAGCGACACCGACCGGGACAUCAACAGGUUAUGAUCGGCAGGGGAGACAAGGCCAGCGUGAGCAUGAGGAAGCAGAUGUUGACUGCACAGAAGUUACUGGCCUUGGCAGCCCAGGUCGCAAGUGGUUUGGAUCACCUGGAGAAGUUCAAGCUGAUCUACUACCGGCUUCGGUCCUGCAAGAUCCUCGUGGCCAAGGGAGGAAUCUGCAAGAUGUCGGGCUUCGGCUUUGCCAACGAGAUCACUGACAGGAACAUCUACGAGGUGAACUGUGUGCCCGUGCGCUGGUCCGCCCCUGAGAGCCUCCAACACCAGCUGUACAACAUCAAGACGGACACCUGGGCUUACGGCAUUGUGGCCUGGGAGAUCCUGCACUUUG